AUGGAGGGCGGAUACAAUCCUCGAACUGUUGAAGAAGUUUUUAGGGAUUUUAAGGGUCGAAGAGCUGGAAUUGUCAAAGCCCUUACUACAGAUGUUGAAGAAUUUUACCAGCAGUGCGAUCCUGAGAAAGAGAAUCUAUGCUUGUAUGGAUUUCCUAGCGAGCAAUGGGAGGUGAAUUUGCCAGCUGAGGAAGUACCUCCUGAACUCCCUGAGCCUGCUCUGGGCAUCAACUUUGCUAGAGACGGAAUGCAAGAAAAAGACUGGCUAUCACUAGUUGCUGUCCACAGUGAUACUUGGCUGCUUGCUGUUGCCUUCUAUUUUGGUGCUAGAUUUAAAUUUGAUAAAAGUGACAGGAAGCGACUAUUCAACAUGAUCAAUGACCUCCCUACUGUGUUUGAAGUCGUGACUGGUGCAGCCAAGAAGCAGCAGAAAGAGAAAUCUUCAGUCUCAAAUCACAGUAGCAGCAAGUCUAAGUCGAACUCCAAAUCACGAGCAUCUGAAACUCAGCCGAAGAUUCCGAAGCAGCCACAGCCUAAAGACGAGGAUGAGGACUUGGAUGAGCACGAGGAAGAAGAAAACGAGGAAGAGGAAGAAGAUGACGAGCAUGGGGACACGUUGUGCGGCGCAUGUGGGGACAACUAUGCUUCGGACGACACAUUCUGGAUAUGCUGUGACAUAUGCGAGAAGUGGUUUCACGGCAAGUGUGUCAAGAUUACCCCUGCACGGGCUGAGCACAUCAAGCAGUACAAAUGCCCCUCAUGCAGCACCAACAAGAGGGCACGCCCGUAA